GGCUGAAGGAGGCGCUGCUCUCUGAGCAAUAGGCCCCGGGCGCGGGGAGGCAGCCCCGAACCGCCGCCGCACGCUUUGGAAGAGACUCCCCCAGACGAGGAGGCAGCCCCACAAUGGAAGAAGCGCCCGCCGCGGCCGUCGACGAGAACCCCUUCCCCCUCCCGGACGACACCACGACCAUGGACGCGGCCACGAGCCCCAUGCCCCCCCUCAUCCAGGAGAGUUCGUCGGAUUCUGAUGAUGACGACGAGAUGCCGCCGCUGGAAGACGGCGAGAUACGGUACGUGAGCCAACGCGACGAGGAGGACGACGGCCUCGUCGUCGAUGUCAGACACUCGCUUGGUAGAUUGACGCGGCUGUCGGCGCGGAUGCGUUCCUUGCGGGACCAGGCCAUCUGGCAGCGCGAGGCGACGACUACUGUGACUGAGCUAUUGGCGGCGGCGGCGGACCUCGAGUCGCUCGCGGAGGAGCGCAUGCGGUUGUUGAGAACAGUAACAGCACUAAGGAGGAAGCCGAAACGACACGUGCCGGAGAACUUCCUCGAGAAACUGCCGGACGUCGUCCUCAAUGAUCAAAAUCGGGAGGAGCCGUGCCCGAUCUGUCUUUGUAGACUAGAUGGGAAAGAUGCGGAGGCGACGCAACCGCACGCGAAAACGCCAGCGGUCUGCCUCGAAUGCACAUGCCGCAAGAAUUUUCAUAGAGCUUGUUUGGAGCGGUGGCUGCGAACGAAGAACACGUGCCCGACGUGCCGCUACGAACUACCGUAUGAAGAGGAACCCGAAUUAACGAUAGAAGUGGAAGACGAGGAGAACGAGGCGCAGCGCUUGGCUGAUGGGGAAGUGGCCGCCACAGCCGCCGCAAGGGAGGCCGCCGCUUCUCUCGUGGAAUUAGCGGCCUACGACGCCAUGACGCACGCCGAGGAGGCCACGCCACCGAGGGUACGGACGGCGCGCGCGGCGGCGGCCGCGGCGGCGCUGCGCGAGGUCGCCGCGGAGCCGCCUUUGCAACCGUCCUUCGCCCAGCAGCGGGCGUCCUUGCGACGGCGCGCCACGGCGGAGACCGCAGACAUUGUCAGGGAGGCGAACGCUGUUACAGUGGGGAACCACCUCGACACGAUCCGGAGUUUGCAACGCGAGGCCGAGGCGGCGCCUUCCCCGGAGGCGGGUUCGGGCCUCGCGGCGGCGCGCGCUCUGCGCGCUGAGAACAUCGUCGAGACCGCCUCGCCCGAGCGGCUCCGCGCGCUUGCUGCGGCCGCGCGACCCGUCGUCGAGGCGCCCGCGUCGUAACGUAAUCGAAAGAAAGAACUUAUUAACAUAUCCCGUC